UUUAUUUUCUUUAUCCGUAAGAAUUUUGUUCAAGUUUAUUACCAAAUGUUAAAGACAAAGUUAUUGAAAUAAUGUGAAAAAAAAACAUAAAAAGGAGCACAGUGUUUUUAACAGUGAUAUUUUUAUUCUAGAGAUGACCUCCGUUAUGACAAUGGUCGCAUGUCUGACAGCAAUGUCUGUGUGCGUGGUUGUGUUGGCGGAAGCAAGACUGGUAGCUAUAGACAGGUAUGCCGCCGGGAUAACACGGAUACAUAAUAAAUACAGGAAUCAGGAGAAAGCUGCUAACAUGCAAAUGUUGAUAUGGGAUAAUACUCUGGCAAGGAAAGCUGCUGAAUGGUCAGAAAAUUGCUACUGGGGUCAUCAGAGACGUGGUCUUGGAGAGAAUUUAGCGUAUCGAUGGAGUACUGGGACCCUAAAACCGUCUGAUGUAAUCAUUAAAGCUAUAAAGGGUUGGUAUAACGAGAAGUUUAUCUGGAGAUGGUCAACACAAUGCGGAGCAGCGUGCCACUACACUCAGAUGGUGUGGGCAAAGACGACAAAGGUCGGAUGCGCUUACAGCAUUUGUAAUCAGCUCCGGACAACGGGCUCUCCAGUGAGGAAUGCACAUUAUCUCGUAUGCUUCUACAAUCCACCAGGCAAUUACUACGGACAGUUCCCGUUUUGGUACGGACAACGCUGUACAAAAUGUGGUAAAUCAGACAUAUGCCGUAAAGGUCUUUGUUGCUCUCAAGCCAAGUCUCACCAUAACCAGUAUUUACCAAAUGGAAGAAGAAUUGAAGAUGAAUUAAUAGGGCAAGUAAUCACCCCGAAAUACUCCAGCACAAGGAAUCAGCAAGUGGACAAGAGUAAAAUUUCCGUAUCUAUAAAAAUAAUGUAUGAUGGAAAAGUGGUGCACAGGGACCAGAUUAAGUCCCGGUACGAAACGAAAAUAAGGAAUGAUGUUAUGAAUUAUCUUCUUAAGAAGGAUGGUGAUGUGUAGACUAAUAAUGCGUAAUAUAUAAUUCUAAAAACUUUUAAAUUAUUAGGAAAAUUUGUCAUGUAUUCUAAAUAUUGUGUCUUUGUAAUCAGUAGUAAAUGUAGGUUUUGUAUGUCAAAGGACGCCACAACGAGUAGAUCAAACAUAUUGAGUAACAUUCUUAUGAUUACUUGACUUAAAUAUCUAUAGGUAACGUAUUAGGCAUUGUCAAAACCUGUAUGUAUCAUGUAAUUGUUAAACUAUAACUUUAUAAUUCAAAUAAAGCAGUAUCAAAACA